ACCCCUACCUCACGGCCUACACAUCUACACACUCCUCUCGCUUUUUCUCUCUUCUUCUCCUUCUUUCUCCGCCUUCUUCUCUCAAUUUCGCUGUUCUUAGCCUUUUUUUGUGUGAAUCCUGGGAAUAUCGAAUUCUUAAACUUUUAAUUCUGGGUUUAUUUCUCGAUUUCCAAUUCAUAUCUGCUAUUAACAUGAAUCAAAAGCAAGAUUAAAGGUAAGAAAUACUCUUAAUAAUAAUCAGAAUUUCUCAAUUUCUAAUUUCCUCAUCUCCAUCUCUGUUUCUCUCGCUCUCCUCUCCAAUUUGUUAUUAAGAAAGAGAGAGGAGGGAGAGAUCUUCCUGGGUCUGUCAAUCAAUAUCCCAAAAGUAGAUACAUUUGAGAGAAAUCUCAAUUCCCUAGGAGGGAAGAAACCGAGACAACCCAGAAGAAGAAGAAGAGAAUAGAAGAAAGGCAAAGAAAGUACGACACAGAGAACAAAAGGAAGCAGACAAUAACAAAAACAAAAAGAGGGUUGGAUUGUUUGGUUUGGAAGGGGGCAGAGAGGCCCUACGACUAGGAGACAACGACGGAUGGUGCCCAACAGCGACGAUCCGGCCACGAGUAACAACGAUGCGUCUGGUGGAGCUGGUGGUGGAGGUGGUGGUGCUACUGGCGCUGCUGGUGGCGGUGGGUCCUCCUCCGCAUCAGGGUCUUUGAAGAAAGGACCCUGGACGGCUGCGGAAGAUGCGAUUCUGAUGGAGUAUGUGAAGAAACAUGGAGAGGGUAACUGGAAUGCUGUUCAGAAAAACGCCGGUCUCUCUCGAUGUGGUAAGAGCUGCCGUCUCCGUUGGGCUAAUCAUCUCAGGCCUAAUCUUAAGAAAGGCACUUUCUCUCCUGAGGAAGAGCGUCUCAUUCUCGAGCUCCAUUCCAAGCUCGGCAAUAAAUGGGCUCGCAUGGCUGCUCAGUUACCUGGGAGGACCGAUAACGAGAUCAAGAACUACUGGAAUACCAGAGUCAAGCGACGCCAACGCGCCGGGAUGCCUCUCUACCCACAAGAUAUACAGAAGCAAGCAUCUGCAUUCCAUCUAAACCAGAAUAACCAGACCCGCCCGUCUCCAUCUCCGCCACCCACUCAUCAUCUCUCAGCGCCGCAACAACACCACAAGCCCAAUUUCAGUUCUCCUCUUACCCUGAUCGAUCCAGUAAAUUUUCCUGUGACAACCAGCCCUCUCCUAGCCCAUCACCCUCCCCCUUUUCUCCCUACUCCAUUUUACAGAUUCAAGGCGUUUCGGGACAACAACAGCGAAGGAUUCUCUCUCCCCUUCUCCGCUACUCCUCCUCAAUCACAUCCUCCCUCACCUCUGUUUGGCCAGAGUCCCCAGUUUCCCCUAUCGCCAUCGCUUCAGCUUAAUUCUGGCAAUUUCGACUUCAAUCCUCCACCACCGAUCCUGGGAAACCUAUUUGAGACCGACAGUGGUUCCCCUUUCUCCAUGAAAUUGGAGCUCCCUUCAAGCCAACAGCCCCAGCCAGCAGACACAGCUACUGCUGCCUCGGGCACAGCCAAUGAGUAUAAGCUCACGUCGCCUCUGGGUCAGAGCAAUAGUGGAUUAUUGGAUGCUCUGUUGGGGGAAUCCCAUGCUCUAAUGGGCAGCGACGAUUCGAGGAGAGAUGGUUUGUUAGAAGAAAAAUGUGGAUUGGAUGGAUUGGUCAGUGUCAGUGAUGCUCCGCCUUCUGGGUUAGUUUUCUGUGAGAGCGCCGCCACCCCUCCUUUAGCUUCUGCCAGACGAUGGGAUGAUUCCAGCUCCGCGCAUUCCUCUGCUGGGCUGAAGGUAAAGAAAGAGAAAGAGGAAAUAUAUGAGUCCAAUUCAGUGGAUGAAGACUUGAGGAGUCUGUUUGAUAUCAUGCCAUCUGCGAUGUCGGUAUCUGAGUGGUAUAGUGACAGUGGUGAGCUUUCAAAUGGGCAGUCAUCAGGUGUGACCGACGAUGAAAUCGGGCUUGAAAUGCAGCAGCUAGCUUCAUCCAUGUCUGCCCCCAAGACAACUGAUCCUGACUGGACAAAUUGGACCAACAUGCCUGAGAUUUGCUAAACCUUUUGUUUGAUUCAACACAAGAACAUGAAGAUUAUAGCUUAUAGAUUAUAUUGAUCAUGAUCUUCUUCAGUGAGUUUAAUUCUAGUGAGAUUUGGUUUGGGUUAUCUUUUAUUCAAGCUUUCAUUGUGUUUUGUGUCCUAUACAUAUGAAUUAUAUGCAUACUUAUAACACUGUUUCUAUUAUAAUUAUCAUCUAGUUAGCAAAAAUUUGGAAGAGAUACUGUUUUUGUUU